AUAUACAGCCGGCUUACAACAUGGAGACGUCCAUAGAGAGACGCCUGAAGGAGACGAAUUUCUUCGUACGUUUUUUUCAGCAUUGAUGAUGUGUUUCCUAACAGUCAGUGUGACAGGUCUACAAUGAAGAGCACCCGUUGCCUCCUGCAGCUGCAGCGUCUCAGGCUGCUUGGACAGUCAGGCAGGUCUUGUGUCCAGUUCGGCGCUCUGCUCCAGUCAGCCUCCACCAGUCAGCCCAGUGUGCUACAAAACAAGGUGUUGAGGCAUUUCCACAGCAGCACAUCAUGUGGCAAGAAUCGGUCUGUGCCUGCAACGUUUGUUAAUGAGGACAAAAAGAAGGAGGACAAGUCUUUGGCCACCUAUGAUGACCUGUUUGAACGGGUUGCCAAAGAGAUCAAAACCAAGGCCACUUUUAACAAAGUGAUAGAUGUCUUCAACAAGAAAGACAUAAGACGACGGGGUCACGUGGAGUUUAUCUAUGCUGCUCUGAAGAAGAUGCCAGAGUUCGGCGUGGAGGGAGAUAUUGCCGUCUACAACAAGUUGUUGGAUGUUUUUCCGAAAGAGGUGUUUGUGCCCAAAAACUACAUCCAGCGAAUGUUCAACCACUAUCCCCGACAGCAGGAGUGUGGAGUGCAAGUGCUGGAACAAAUGGAGAACUAUGGUAUUAUGCCCAACAUAGAGACAAAAGUCCUGCUGAUUCAGAUCUUUGGAGAGAAGAGCCACCCGAUAAGGAAGUUCCAGCGCAUCAUGUACUGGUUCCCCAAGUUCAAGAACAUAAACCCCUUCCCUGUUCCAAAGCAACUGCCUGAAGACCCAGUGGACAUGGCUCGCUUCAGCCUGUCUCGCAUCGCUGGUGACCUGGACGCUAAAGUUACUGUCUACCAGCUCCCUUGUACAGAUGUCACAGAGAGUGGAGAAGAGAUCACACUUCCACAUAUAGUAGGUAUCCAGAGUCCCAACCAGAUGGAGAUGCUGGCCAAACAUAACCCUAACAAGCCGGUGUUUGUGGAGGGCCCCUUUCCUCUAUGGCUGAGGAAGACAUGUGUGCACUACUACAUCCUCAGAGCUGACCCUACGCCACCAGAAGAAAAGAAAGAGGAGCCCUAUGAUCCCGAGAGGUGCCUGGACUUUCCUCUGCAGCUAGACCUUGAUUUGGACCGUGACCUUUCGGAGGAAGAAACCUUUGAUGUUGAAGACUUGGAAGAUGGUCCAGUCUUUGCCAUGUGUAUGACCAGUAAGGGAGAUCAGGCCACCCUCAAUCAAUGGAUUUCUGGCAUCCAGGAGAACAACCCCAUCCUGGGUGAGGUCCCCACUCUGUUUCGCCUGGACGUCGGAUCACAGUUGCUGCAAGGUGUGGCUGACACUGAGUCAAACCACAGCAACCAGUCUCACGAUGAGACCCAGGGACAAGAACCACAGCCUGGAGAAGAAGCUGAGGUUAUAGUGGACAAGCAGCCUAGGAGAAGCCAAGGGAUGAAGCAGUGAACAGCACUCAGACUGUGGUUAAAACUCCUAGAAGGAGAAGUAGUGUCCAUGCUGGGCCAGCUUGAACGAGCAUGAAAUAUGAACUAAUUUUAACAACAAACACAACAGAACCUGAGGAGGAAAUGUUGGAAAGGCUCAGUGCUUGGAUAAAUAAAGCAAAAACAAAAUGAA